UUGUUGGUUUGAACCGUGAGUGCACCCCUUUAAAUCUCCCGUUAAACCGUUCAGCGAUCCAUAGGAAUCUGUCGAUGUUGGCGUUUAUAUCAAUUACUUUUUAGACGUUAACAACCAGGUUCCUCGGUUUUCCUACAAAGUAUUUACCCGCAAGUCUCCUGAAUGACACGUGGUUAGCGUCAACAUGGCUAAAACCAAGACUGCAUCCAAGAAAGGAACUAAACUGAAAAAAGCAAGUCAGAGUGUUAAGGCUGUCCCACCAGUGGCCGCUGCUGCUGCUGAUGACGACGAUGAUCUGUCCCUGGAGGAUGAAAAUGUUAUCAGUGCCAGUGAAGAUGAGGAGGGAAGUGAGGAUGAAAGGAGACACACCAAGCUCCUGGAGGCCAUCAGUGCUCUGGGAGGAAAGAAGAAGAAGAAGCUGGCAGAGCGAUCAGAGGCGAGCUUGCAGGUGUCUGAAUUUUCUGUCAACGCUGACGGUGCUGGGGAGAAAAUUAAUCUGUCAGAACUCUUGGGGACCAUGACUAAGACUCCAGGUACUCUGAAUAAGACCCAGAAACAGCUGAAGAACCUCCAACAGCGUAAAAAGACUCUGGAACUUCCCCUAAGCAAACAGGAGACAGAGCGGAUCCAGCGGGGCUUGGCCUAUGAGAAGACGGCUAAGGAAGUGUCUCAGUGGGAGAGUGUGAUUAAUCAGAACCAGAGAGCAGAGCAGCUUGUCUUUCCCCUCCAGCAGGAGUCCUCAGCACCCAAACGCGUGGAGCAGGUGGUGGUGGGGUGGAAGGCCCAGACCCCCUUGGAGCAGGAGAUAUUUAAGCUUUUACACAAUAAUAAACAGCCCAUUCAUGACCCUGUUUUGACCCCUGUGGAGGAGGCCUCCCUCAAAGCCAUGAGCCUGGAGGAGGCUAAGAUUCGCCGUGCUGAACUUCAGAAGGCCAGAGCUCUCCAGUCGUAUUACGAGGCCAAAGCGAAACGGGAACGAAAAAUCAAGAGCAAAAAGUACCAUAAAGUACAGAAGAAAGCAAAACGUAAAGAGUUUCAGAAGCAGUUUGAUGAGAUGGUGAAAACAGAUCCCACGGGCGCCUUGGAGGAGCUGAAAAAGAUGGAGCUGGCCAGGAUGGAGGAAAGAAUGUCUCUAAAACAUCAGAACAGCGGAAAAUGGGCCAAAACCAAAGCCAUUAUGGCCAAAUAUGACGAUUCGGCUCGUAAGGCCAUGCAGGAGCAGCUGGAGGUGAAUAAGGAGUUGACUCAGAAGUUAGUGUUGCCCUCUGACGAUGAGGAUGAUGAGGGAAAUAAGGAAGAUCCAACAACUCUGCCUGAUUUCGUGAACGACCCUGAGCCACUCAUUGACCCUGUCAACCCCUGGAUGAGAGGAAAACUGACCAAUGAAGUCUCAGAGCUGGACACCCCCAGUGCCCAAACCGAGUCUCAGACGACAGAAGGCGCUGUAGAGGUAAGAGAGGAAGAUGAUGAAGAGAAUGAGGAAGAGACGGAGGAGGAAAAGCUCCUGAGAGAGUUUGAAAACAGACGGAAGCUGCGACAGGCAGAAGAGGAGGACUUGACCCCAGCCCCUGUAGAGGAAAGCAAAACCCAGUCCCAAGACACGGAGGAGGCGGGCGGGGUUUCUGAGGAUGAGGAGGUCUCAGAGUUCAACACCCUCUUCACCAGGUUGAUGAACAGCAGUAAAGGCCCAGCGGCCUCGGCGGGGGAGCAGGGGGAGGCAGAGGGCCUGCUGGAGGAAGGUCUGGUUCGGGUUCAAACCCUGGAAGAUCUGGAAGACCUGGCAGAGGACGUAGGAGCAGUGGAGCCUAGUGAACCUGCGUCCAAACCCAGCACAGAGACCCCCGGCCCAUCGGAGGAACCGUCAGAACCGCCCAGCAAGAAGAAUAAGAAGGAGAUUGACCCCAACACGGUGCUGACCAAAGACGCGACAAGCAUCAAAGUUCCCCUGACCCCCACGGUCGUUGAGAAUGAAGAGGACCAUGACGAGCAGACAAACAUCAUCAAGGAAGCUUUCGCAGGAGAUGACGUCAUCUCGGACUUCCUGAAGGACAAGAGAGAACAGGAAGAGGCGGGGAAGCCCAAAGUGGUGGACCUCACGCUGCCGGGCUGGGGGGAGUGGGGGGGCGGUGGCCUGAAACCCUCUCGCCACAAACGCAGGAAAUUUCAGAUUCAGGUUGCUACCCCUCCUCCAAGGAAAGACCAGAAACUCCCGGCGGUCAUUAUCUCUGAAAAGAGAGAUGGCUCUGUCGCUUCUCACCAGGUGAGCCAGCUCCCGUUCCCUUUCGAGAAUCCGGCGCAGUUCGAGACGACAAUCCGCACGCCCGUCGGUUACACGUGGAACACGCAAACAACCUUCAAGAAGAUGACGGCGCCAAAGGUCAUCACCAGGAUGGGUGCCAUCAUCGAGCCAAUGGCGAAAGAGGAUUUGAUGAAGGACAAGACUGCGAAAGGCCCCACGAAGGAACCUGCCAUCAAACUGUCAGAGACCGAGAACAAGAAGAGAAAGGGAUCUGGGAAACGAGAGAAGGCUGGCGAAUAAAAAAAAAAAACAAAAACAAAGGACAGACGUUUUGCUCACACUCAUCCAUCUCAGCGUCUCUCCUCUGUCUGAGAGUCACUCAGUGCAGGAAGCUGAUUGGUUGACACUCAUCCGUCUCAGCGUCUCUCCUCUGUCUGAGAGUCACUCAGUGCAGGAAGCUGAUUGGUUGACACUCAUCCGUCUCACCGUCUCUCCUCUGUCUGAGAGUCACUCUGAUUGGUUGACUGUGACCACCCAUAAGACUCUAGUGAAAAGACGACAACACAAGCACCGUUGUCGCUACUUUAAAGCAAAUCAGUUGAAUUCAGUGAUCAAAUGAACUUUGUGGAAGAGAGAACCUGGUGUGAGUUUUUUUUUUUUACUCGACGGUUCUAUUAUACCUGUUUCAUAUUUGUUUCAGCAUCCACUGCUGAAAAUAACCUUUGUAUACAAAGAGACAACUGUGAGAGUAUUCAGUG